UGUACAAAUGUAAAAUUUCCGUUUUACAGAUACAUCGCACAGUAUUUGGCCUGAUUGAUUCUUUUUAAAUGACUGUAUGUGUGUAUGAUUAUUUUUUUGGAGGGGGUUGGGGUUAGGCUAGAUGAUGAACUGAACGAAUGAUCCGUUUGGAGUGACAGUAAAGGGACCGUCUGACGCCAGAUUCCAGAUGCAAAGGCAGCGACUCCAAACAGCCGCGUCCGCGCGUCAGCCAUUGGCCAGAAGACUAACGAGCCGAGCUCUCCGCAAUGCGACUGGCCCGUUUGCCUGUCCAUCAAGACCGAAGCUCCUCCCCUUUCAGCAGGGUCGGGUGCGCGCGGAGCAAGCCCACCCCGAACACCUCCAGCUGCCCAAACAGAAGACGCAGGAGGAGUAGAGGGCUCGGACAUGGGGAGAAAUCAGCACUGGCCCGUCUGAUAGAGAUCGGUGUUUUUAUUUAUUAAGAAGGAGGGGAAAAAAAGAAGAAAAAAAACCGAGAGGCCUUAGUAAUAAAAAAAAUAACAAGGAGAGAGAAAACCCAUCCCUGGCACAAAGCUGGACAUAAAUCAAUGGACUGAAUGAAGACUGCCUAUAACGCCUAUCGAUGCCUGGCCAAGGAUUUGGAUGCGUACGCCAUGAACCCAGAGAUGACAAUGGACAUUGGCAGCCUACAUGCUGGAGUAAGCCAUGAGCAGGACUUGAUGAGCAGCCACAGCCCCCAUCACAGCCGCAACCCGGGGGCUGCUCUGCGGAUACACCAGGACCUGAGCGUGGCUCCGUCGCGCUCCGCGAUGGUCUCCAGCAUGGCUUCGAUACUGGACGGCGGCGGCGGAGGCGGCGGAGGGGGAGAGUACCGUCCGGAGCUUUCCCUACCGCUCCAUCACGCCAUGAGCAUGCCCUGCGACACCUCCCCGCCCGGGAUGAGCGGCACCUACACCACGCUGACCCCGCUGCAGCCGCUGCCGCCGAUCUCCACCGUCUCCGACAAAUUCCACCAUCCGCACCACCACCAUCACCACCACCACCAGCGGCUCUCCGGGAACGUGAGCGGCAGUUUCACUCUCAUGCGGGACGAGAGGACUCUACCGGCCAUGAACAACCUCUACAGCCCCUACCACAAAGAUAUGAGCGGCAUGGGGCAGAGUUUGUCCCCUCUGGGCAACGGCUUGGGCUCCAUACACAGCGCGCAGCCGACGCUGCACAAUUACGGCCACGACAAGAUGCUGAGCUCCAACUUCGACGCGCACACUGCCAUGCUAAGCAGGGGGGACCAGCACCUCUCCAGAGGCCUCGGUGGCCCCGCGGCGGGCAUGAUGCCGCAUCUCAACGGGAUGCACGCGCACCCGGGCCACCCUCCAUCCCACGGGCCCGUGUUGGCUUCCAACCGGGACAGACCGCUCUCCUCCUCCUCCUCCUCCUGCGGGGCUCCGGGCUCCGGGCAGCUGGAAGAGAUCAACACCAAGGAAGUGGCGCAGCGGAUCACGGCCGAGCUGAAGCGCUACAGCAUCCCGCAGGCCAUCUUCGCGCAGCGGGUGCUGUGCCGCUCGCAGGGCACCCUGUCCGACCUGCUGCGGAACCCCAAACCCUGGAGUAAACUCAAGUCGGGCCGAGAGACCUUUCGGCGCAUGUGGAAGUGGUUACAGGAGCCCGAGUUUCAGAGGAUGUCGGCCCUUCGGCUUGCAGCGUGCAAAAGAAAAGAGCAGGACCCGAGCAAAGACAGGAGCAAUACACCAAAGAAGUCGCGUCUGGUUUUCACGGACCUGCAGCGGCGAACUCUUCUGGCCAUCUUUAAGGAGAACAAGCGUCCAUCCAAAGAGAUGCAGAUGACCAUCUCUCAGCAGCUGGGACUGGAGCUGAGCACGGUCAGCAACUUCUUCAUGAACGCCCGCAGACGCAGCCUGGAUAAAUGGCUGGACGAGGGCAGUCCCAACAACAGCUCCUCCAGCACUUGCACCAAAGCGUGAUCCACACACUGUAAAAAAUACCUGCCAAUCAACACUUUCCGUAUGUUGUGGGUUUCCCCUUUAUGAACGCUGGAGAAUUCCUUUAUGGAGCUUUGAUCCGUCAGCCUUAGGUGUUUCCCAAUUCAAAUCAAAUGUGGUUCAGAUAUGGACGAACUCAACCACUGGGUUACAUUUAGGCCAUAAAAUAACCCAGCAGUUCACAGUUUUGAUGUCAUUUUGAUUGGGAAACCUUUUGGUUUUUCAAUUAAAUUUAAAUGAGACUUUUAAGUUUGUCCAUAUUUGACCCAAAUUUGCAUUGCAACACUUUUAACAAUACCGGGUCAUUUCAACUCAAAUGUGGGUAAAAUAUAGAUUUAAAAAGUAUAGAGUAGCUAUACUUUAAUAAUUAUGAGUUAUAACCCAAUGUUCGUCCAAAUAUGAACAAACCCAACCAUUGGGUUAUACACUAAAUAAUUAUGAGUUAUAACCCAACGUUGGUCCAAAUAUUAACAAACCCAACCGUUGGGUUAAAUUUAGGCUAUACUUUUAAUAAUUAUGAGUUAUAAGCCAAUGUUGGUCCAAAUAUGAACAAACCCAACCAUUGGGUUAUACACUAAAUUAUUAUGAGUUAUAACCCAAUGUUGGUCCAAAUAUGAACACACCCAACCAUUGGGUUAUACACUAAAUUAUUAUGAUUUAUAACCCAGUGUUGGUCCAAAUAUGAACAAACCCAACCAUUGGGUUAUACACUAAAUAAUUAUGAGUUAUAACCCAACGUUAGUCCAAACAUGAACACACCCAACCAUUAGGUUAUACUCUAAAUUAUGAGUUAUAACCCAAUGUUGGUCCAAAUAUGAACACACCCAACCGUUGGGUUAAAUUUGGGCUAUACUCUUAAUAAUUAUGAGUUAUUACUCAAUGUUGGUCCAAAUAUGGACAGACCCAACCCCUGGGUUAAAUUAAGGCUCUAAAUUGAAUUGUAAAAAAUUGUCGUUUUGACUGGGAAAGCGUCAAUUAAAUUUAAAUGACACUUUUAAACCCAGUGGUUAAUAUUUGACCCAAAUUUGUGUUUCAACAUUCUAAUCAAUGCUGGGUUAUUUCAACCCAAAUGUGGGUCAAAUUGGACAAAAAUGUUUUUGGUCAAGUCAAAUGUGUGACAAAGUCAACCGUUGGGUUAAAUCUGGGCUAUGCUCUAUAUGAUUAUGAGUUAUAACCCAACGUUGGUCCAAACAUGGACAAACCCAGACAUCAAGGUCAAAUUUAGGGUAUAUAUUAAUAAAUGAACCCAGCAGUUCUUCAUUGAAUCUUGGUUGAAAUAACCCAGCAAAUGUUUUAGAGUGCACACUAAAAAUGCACUCUGGGUUGUUAUUUGGAUCAAAUAUGGACAAACCCAACAUUGAGGUUAAUUAUUCCAAUUAAAUUUACAUUUUACACUCUCAACCCUAAUUAGGUUAGUUCCAUAUUUGACCCAAAUUUGUGUAACAACACUAUUGAGCUAUAACCCAGCGUUGGCCCAAAUAUGAACAAACCCAACCAUUGGGUUAAAUCUGGGCUAUACUCUAAAUAAUUAUGAGUUAUAACCCAACGUUAAUCCAAACAUGGACAAACUCAACCAUCAGGUUACAUUUAGGGUAUUUGUUGAAUUAAAUAACCCAGCAGUUGUUGUUUUUUUUCACCCAAACUUUGUUGAAAUAAACCAGCAAAUGUUUUGGAGUGCUCACAAAAAAAGUUGGGUUGUUAUUUGGAUUAAAUAUGGACAAACCCAACUUUUGAGGUUAAUUAUUAAAAUUAAAUUUACAUGACACUCUCUACCCUAUUUGGGUUUGUCCAGAUUUGACCCACAUUUGUUUAACAACCCUAAAGAUCAAGCUCCCAUAAUGCAAUCCAACAGCCAACAUGAAUGGGGAAAUAUAGAAACCUGAAUCACAAAAUACAGAAAGCUGCUAAUUUACGGAUAUUUUUUACAGUGCAGGAGAAAUCAUCAUUCCUUAAAAGCGGAGAGACGCUCUGCUUACCGGCUCACAAACACCCCCUUAAAAAUCACACACGCACAUAUGCUUUCUGUUCAGCUUCACGUCUUUAAAAUCAGCUCUGAUAUAAAGAGAUGAAGGGGAAUUUUUUGAGUGUGUGUGUGAAGGGUGAAUCUCACACAUACAACCAGAUCAUAGAUGAUUGAUUUCUCUGUGUUCUUCUAUUGGGUUGCAGGACUGAUGAUUUAAAAGCAAUAUGCAUUUGCUUGAAAAGCAUGAUCCUUUAUUUAUUUAUUUUGGUAAAAUCAUUUAAAGUGGCACUUUAGUUUGUAUUUUAAAUGAGAGAAAAAAAAUACACUUGAUUCCAGGUGAAAUUUGGGCUUACUCAAUUUUUAUUUUAACAUUUAAUUUUUUUUUUUAACAAUUUAAUUUUUUAAAAUUUUAUCAAAAUUUGAUUCUAAGCGAAAAUGAAUCGGUUUUAAACAUAAGCUCACUUCAUUAUGAUAUAUAGUUUUAUUUGUGGAAGAAAAUGCGUCAAAAUGAAGUGAGUUAAUGCUUGAAAUUAAAAUAUUUAACUCAUUACGUAUUUACAUAAUUACAAAAUGUGUUAUUUUUAAUACCUUUUACAGAUAUAUGAGUUUAUUUGUUAUCUUAAGUCGUC